UGCCCGGCACCCAGCUCGGCGGGAAGGCGGCGGGCCCGCACCUCCCCGGCGCUGCUGCGGGGGUGUCACCGCCUGGGAGCGGCUCCCCCCUCAUCGGCGGGGAGAGGUUUGGCCGCGUCUUCGGUGGUUUUGUCCGUAUCGGCUUGUUUCUGCAGCACCCGAUCUCGUACCGAGUGAUGAUGGGCUCAGCCCUCUCUUCGGUUUGCCAGAAUUUGGGUUUUAAAGCACUCGGGUAGCCCGGCUCUCCCCCGGCCCUCCCGGGGACCGGACCGCCGGGGCAUGGCCUGCGGACAGCGACCACCCCCUGGGUAUCCGUGUUGGGCAUCUAUAAACAGGGGGAUUCUGAUCUGUGAUGAGUGCUGUAGUGUUCAUCGAAGUUUGGGGCGUCAUAUCUCUCAAGUGAGACAUCUCAAGCAUACACCAUGGCCUCCAACACUGCUGCAGAUGGUUGAAACACUGUAUAAUAAUGGUGCUAACUCCAUAUGGGAGCAUUCCUUGCUGGACCCUGCCUCUGUUAUGAGUGGAAGGCGCAAAGCUAGCCCACAGGAUAAAGUGCAUCCCAAUAAAGCAGAAUUCAUUAGAGCUAAAUAUCAAAUGUUAGCAUUUGUUCAUCGCUUGCCGUGCCGUGAAGAUGACAGUGUUACUGCCAAAGAUCUUAGCAAGCAACUCCAUUCCAGUGUAAGGACGGGCAACCUGGAGACGUGUUUGCGACUACUCUCCUUAGGAGCUCAAGCCAACUUCUUUCAUCCUGAGAAAGGAAACACCCCGCUCCAUGUUGCUGCUAAGGCAGGACAGACUUUACAAGCAGAAUUAUUAGCGGUUUAUGGUGCUGAUCCUGGCACGCAAGAUUCCAAUGGAAAAACUCCAGUUGACUAUGCAAGACAAGGUGGGCAUCAUGAACUGGCAGAGCGCCUGGUGGAAAUUCAGUAUGAACUCACAGACAGGUUAGCUUUCUAUCUCUGUGGCAGGAAACCAGAGCAUAAAAAUGGACAGCACUUUGUUAUACCUCAGAUGGCAGACAGACGGCUCAGUCUAGAUUUAUCCGAACUUGCAAAAGCAGCUAAGAAGAAGCUUCAGUCUCUAAGCAACCACUUAUUUGAAGAACUUGCCAUGGAUGUGUAUGAUGAAGUUGACAGGAGGGAAACAGAUGCAGCAGUUUGGCUUGCUACUCAGAAUCAUAGUACUCUUGUGACAGAGACCACAGUGGUCCCUUUUCUUCCCGUAAAUCCUGAAUAUUCCUCAACAAGGAAUCAGGGAAGACAGAAACUGGCUCGAUUUAAUGCCCAUGAAUUUGCUACGCUAGUUAUAGAUAUUUUAAGUGAUGCCAAACGAAGACAACAGGGGAAUCCUCUCACUGGUUCAAAAGAAAAUGUGGAACUGAUACUCAAAUCAAUCAGCAAUCAGCAUAGUAGUGAAAGUCAGGAUAAUGACCAGCCUGAUUAUGACAGCGUUGCUUCAGAUGAAGAUACAGAUCUGGAAACAAAUGCAGCUAAAUCAAGCAGACAGAAGAGCCUGGAUUCAGACUUGUCAGAUGGACCGGUGACGGCCCAAGAAUAUAUGCAAGUUAAAAAUGCGUUGGUGGCUUCUGAGGUAAAGAUUCAGCAGUUAAUGAAAGUGAACAUCAACUUGAGUGAUGAGCUGAGAAUCAUGCAGAAAAAGCUUCAAACGCUACAGAGUGAAAAUACCAACCUCAGAAGACAGGCCACAACCAAUAUAUAUCAGGUCCAAACUGGUUCUGAAUACACAGACCCUACCAACAAUUCUUCUUUAAAGCGGCGACCAUCUGCACGGGGUAGCAGACCCAUGUCCAUGUAUGAGACUGGAUCAGGUCAGAAACCCUACCUCCCCAUGGGAGAGGUCACAUACCCAGAAGAAAGCAUAACAAGACUGCAGCCUUUCCCUCCACAUAUCGGGAGGAGUGCGUUUGUGACCUCCUCUUCAUCUCUACCUUCCUUCCCCUCCACGCUUUCCUGGUCAAGGGAUGAAAGCACACGAAGGGCCUCAAAGCUGGAGAAGCAGAGCAGCGUGUCCGAGAGCGACUACGAUAAUCCCACGGCCGCCCUGGAGCUGGAGGAGACGGGGUCAGGCCGGAAGGGCCGGCAGAGGAGCGUCGUUUGGCAGGGGGAGGGAUCCAUCCCUGAAGACUCUGACACAGCCCCCAGCUCCAGUUUGCCCAGUACAGAAGAUGUGAUUCGGAAAACCGAGCAGAUCACUAAGAAUAUUCAGGAGCUGCUGCGAGCAGCGCAAGAGAACAAGCAUGACAGCUACAUACCGUGCUCUGAGAGAAUACACGUGGCAGUAACGGAAAUGGCAGCCUUGUUCCCAAAAAAACCCAAAUCUGAACUGGUAAGGACUUCUUUGCGUCUGCUGACAUCUAGUGCCUACAGACUCCAAUCCGAGUGCAAAAAAACCCUUCCCGUGGAGACGUGCCCCACGACAGACAUCCAGCUGGUCACGCAGCAAGUUAUCCAGUGCGCCUACGACAUCGCCAAGGCUGCGAAACAGCUGGUUACCAUCACAACCAAAGAGAACAACAACUGAGUCACACUUGGCUUGUUAGCCUGGUUUUUUAAGGGUUGGAUUUCAAAUAGAGGUGUGGAACUAUUCAAAUUUUUAUGCGAAAAACUAAAGGGGCAAGAAACUUUUUUUAAAACUCAGUAUUAUUUUUGCAUGUUUUCUAACAAUUUUAUGAUUAAUUUAACCCACUGCCUUAUUUUGUGCCUGUGUUGCCAGUUUAGUUACAGAUAAUCGCAUGUCGCAGAUAGCUGUUGAGCCAAUAUCGCGUACCAGCGUUGUAUCACGCUCUCGCUAGAUGUUUCCUUGGGGCCACCUCCUGCUUUCAGGUAUCGCUUGCAAAAAAACCCCCCGCCCUGAAGUCAGCUGCACGUAUCGGAGGGCAGAACCUCCCCUCUGGUCCCUCCGUCCUGCAGCCUCGCGUGCCGCGGUGCCGCUGAGCGAGGAACCUGCAGCAAAAUGGGCUCUGAAGGCUCCAGGACCGUAACUGCUGCCAGGCAGGAAGGAGGUCGUGGUCCCGGUAACUCAGCACGAGCCGAAUAUUAUCUGUUCCCAUAUCAACUGUUGUGCAAUAAUAUGUUUUUAGUCUGCUAAAACAAUAGUAGUUGUGGGCAUCCGAGCUUAUUACAUGUCACUAUACAAGGUCUUUGUCACUUUAUCUGUUUUGGAAGGAAUUUGAAACUUAAUAGUUAUUUCUUUUAGUUGUCACUAUGCCAUUAAUAUAUAUGUUUGAUGUUACUUUAGGGCAUUAGUGGUUAAAAUAUUAUCCUUUGUUUCUCAUUUAAUAAUUCAUUCUUAAGUUUCCUACAGAAUUUUACUGUCAUCUUCAAGGCACCGUCUUGUUUGCAGCAGCGUUGCUCAGUAACUCAAGAUGCAAUUUCACUAAAGAUUUCUGUGAUAAUUAAGAUAGCAGAAAAGGAAGUCCAAGAGUGCCAGUGCAAAAGCAGCUGUGUCUGCCAUAGCGUAUAACCUCUGUACCUCAGCACACCCAAAUGUGAAAAGAUGUCUUCUAUCUAGUAAGUUUUAUGCAAAUCUUUCAAAAUUUUACAAGCUACCUGCAGCGUAACCCACGCUAGGCUGCCUGUCAGAAAGGUGGAUGGGUAACAAAUGUCAAUGUGUGUUUCAGCUUUUUUCAUUUGUAACAGUUCACAAAAAUUCCAAAAAUGUGUCAGUCUGUAAUUCCAAAAAGGAGAGGGGUUUGGAAGUCUAAAUUCCAGGGGAUGGGGUUGGGGGGAAAUCACUAAUUUUUGCCUCCACCUGUGUCUCAUGUGGCAGCGUGGUGGUGUUUCAGGGGGCUGGCUGCUGUUCCGGGCGAGGUCGGGGGCUGCAGCGGCGGGGGCUGCAGCGGCUGGCGCUGGCAGCUGUCGAGGUGAACGUUGAGUUUUCACUGAACCCUUCGAGUCAGAAACGGCUGCCUGCUGUUCCCCAGCCCAGGCUGCAGCCUGCGGUCUGCCAAAACCGCACACUUUUCAAGGCUUUCUGGUGAAAAAGUGCCCUAGUUAGGUGAACAAAUGAACUGAAGUUCAGCGGUUGGUUCCUCUUCAAAUCAUCGUGUUUGUAUGUGUAUAUAUAAACACUAAGUGCCAUAACACUGUGGGAUUCCUGUAUGUUGUAAUUAGGGCCCUUUUUAAAGUAGUGCAAGUUUGAGGGAGGGAAGGAGAGAGUAGAUGACAACUCAGUAAACUGAUGUUCUGCAGCGUGGGGUUAUUUCCUUUCUGCACUUCUGAAUUCCAGAACUGUCUCUAAACGCAGGGGAACGCAGCCAGGCUGGGAUUAGAACUGCAGAAGACGUUUGUAAAACCUACUUCAGAAUUAUGCUACUGGCAAUUAACUAUGUUGAUAAUCUGCUAGGAACCUUUCCUUAAAUUGGCAUCACGGAAAGGCAGCAGAUGGUAUUUUUAAAUCUCUCAGGACAGCGUCGUGUGCUUUUUUUUUUAACAUAUCUUACCCGAUUUCCAAAGCAGGGUAACGCCGAGCUAGCAGUUGUCCAAACUUGCUUCUGACCGAAACCAAAUGGACCCUGGGGUAACUGCACACCCUCGUUCCAGCUACACUAGCUCCAGAUUUUUUAAAAUCGGCCCUUUAGCUUGUUGGAAGGCCCAGGUGUAAAACCACGGCCAGCCCCGCCAUGCUCUCCUGCUCUGCCCCCCCUCUCCUGCCCUUUUAGGGUUUCCCGUGCCAGACUGGCCCUUCUCUGCCACCGCGGGUCAAACCCAAGUGCUGUGAGCACGUGCUGAGUCAGCGCUUUUCACAAAGGGGCGGAGUGGUACAAAACCAAGGAGCUAAGGAGAAGCACAGAGAUGAGCCCACAGCUCCUACCGCACUGCAGGUCAGCAGCAGCUUUGUAACAACCUGAAAUAACAAAUGUGGGUUUUUUUCUCUUAUGACCAGAUCUCCUCUUUUUCCCCUGUAAACAAACCUGCUCUUUCUCUACCAAAUGCUGCAUAGGAAAGUACAAAUUUUUUUGCCUUUUUCCAAAACUUGUAUUUAUCAGUGUCAUUCUGUCUGUACAAUACUUUGACUUAAUCUUUUGUUUACAGUAUUACUAUAAAAUGCUAAAACCCUU